AUGUGGGCAGCUUUUACAGCAGUGGGCAGUGGACAUGUGGGCAGCUUGCACAACAGGUUCAAACUUUCCUGGCAGUGGUUCACGUUGGUGUUGGUCACUUCCACGCAUAGUCCAAAGGGUCUGAGCAGUCCUUCUGGCUGCUCAGCAAUCCUCUGGCACUUAUGUUCGCACAAUUUGGCCCAUGUAUGUUUUGAAUGUGUUUACAUCUUUUCUGACCAAUCCGGGUUGGCAGUGUCAGCAGCGGGGGAGGAACACUCACUUAGUGUGCAUGUCAACAACAGCAUCGACUUUGCAUUUGCCUCAUUAACUCCGUGGACUUUGUGUGAAAAGGACAUGAAAGAACCUUCCAUUUUGCGAUUUUGUCCUUGA